AGGCAGAAUCGUCAGCCAUACCGCCGCAUGACUGAUUUGGUCGUUUCUUAUACGACUCGCCGCCUUGCGAGGAUGCAUGUGGUCUUGGAACCUUCAACUCAACCAUGACUCAUACUUCACUUCUCGGCAAGUCGAAGUGACAACAUUAUACCGUAUCUGAAGUUGAGCUAAAUUCAUGCAAGACGAUGCCAUGCUUGCCUAUGAGCUGGGUAGACAACCACUGUCCCGAGACCAUGGAUAUCCGCUAGAAGCGCUUGUACCAGGCCAUACGGCGGCCAGGAGUGUUAAGUCGCUCGAGAAGGUCAUCCUUGCCAAAGAUGAAUGCCAGUCGGCGUGGCAACAGCGUGAGUAUAAGUGCUUUGAACCGAACCAGACACCGAAAGUUGUGGACUACGCAUCCGCACCAGCCUCAAGCGCUGCCGGUUCGAAGUGCCAUCACAGAUGUGAGAAGCAUACCGAAAUACAGCGCUCAGGGCAGAGCGGAGAUGUAACAGUGCGGACUAGAAGAAGACGCCGUCAAAGUCGAAGGCUAUGCAUAUAGCGUCGCUGGUAGAAGGAUCAUUCGAGUCGAUGUUAGCGCUGACUAAAAUGGUCUAGAAAGAUGAUUCUCUGGCAAGAAGCUUUCAAUACUGGUGUCGAUUUUCACCACGUCCCAGCUGCACCAUCCAUGACGUGCGCC